CGGAGCUCCCCCACCAUGCAGCUCUUCGUGCGUGCCCAGACCCUGCUGACCCUCCAGGUCUCGGGCUCCGAGACCCUCGCCCAGCUCAAGGAGAAGGUGGCAGAGCUGUCGGGGGUGCCCCCCCAGGAGCAGCUGCUGCUCUGGGAGGGGACCCCCCUGGACGAUGGGACCGUGCUGGGGCAGAGCCCCCUCCCCGAAUUGGCCACCCUGGAGCUCUCCACGCGCCUGCUGGGGGGGAAGGUCCACGGAUCCCUCGCCCGUGCCGGCAAAGUGAGGGGCCAGACCCCCAAGGUGGCCAAGCAGGAGAAGAAGAAGAAGAAGACGGGGCGGGCCAAGCGGCGCAUGCAGUACAACCGGCGCUUCGUCAACGUGGUGCCCACCUUCGGCAAGAAAAAGGGCCCCAACGCCAACUCCUGAGCCAAAUAAAUGAAUUUUGGGUUCAUUCCCCUCAUUUUGGUGGUUUUG